AUGGCAGAGGACGCAUCGGUUCCCCGGAAGAGAACGUUCCGUACGUUCUCCUACCGCGGCGUCGACUUGGAGAAGUUGGUAACUCUCCCUCUAGAUAAGCUAGUGGAUCUGUUCCGCGCCCGCCAACGCCGCAAAUUCAGCCGUGGCAUCAACCAGAAGGCGUUACCCCUCAUGAACAAGCUCAGGAAUGCCAAAAAAGACCUGCCGUACGGAGAGAAGCCACCGCCCGUCAAUACACACUUGCGCAAUGUCGUCGUUGUGCCGGAGAUGAUAGGUUCAAUUGUUGGAGUGUACAACGGAAAGCAAUUCAUCAACGUUGAGAUCAAGCCGGAGAUGGUGGGUUACUACCUUGGGGAGUUCUCAAUUAGCUACAAGCCUGUUCGCCAUGGUAAACCGGGCAUUGGCGCCACACAUUCAUCUCGUUUCAUUCCACUGAAAUAA